GUGUUUCUUCCCGGGUGGAGAUGACUUAAUGCGCUCUGCAAAUGCUGGAUGUUUCUGCUCCGAUAAAGGGAUUUUUCAGACUAAUUUUCAAACGAGAAGAACUGAAAAUGCGGGGUCUUUGGGUCGUCUCCAGCGGGUCGUAGCGUCUGUGAAGUUUUUGGAAGCAUCAUGGCAAAUGUGAAAGUUGCCAUCCGAGUGCGUCCUCUGAGCGCACGAGAGAGCGCGGACGGAGGGCGGCUCGCGGUCCAGGUCGAGGACAAGUACGUCAAGAUCAGAAACUUAAAGCUGGAUGGACGGGCAGACGGUGCAGUGGAUUCGAGGGAGAAACUUCAGGAGUUUGGUUUUGAUUAUUGCUUCUGGUCAGUGGACUCCGCAGAUCAACACUACGCAUCCCAAGAAGAGGUGUUCCAGGAGCUGGGCGUGUCCGUGCUCUCUGCUGCCUCCGAUGGUUAUAACGUGUGUCUGUUUGCGUACGGCCAAACGGGAUCGGGAAAGACCUACACUAUGAUGGGCACUCCGGACUCAAUUGGCCUGACCCCUCGAAUCUGUCAGGGUCUUUUUAGAUCCGAGGACGUUUCUUCUGAUGGGCAAAACUCCAGAGUGGAGAUAAGUUUUUUGGAGAUUUAUAACGAGCGUGUGCGAGAUCUGCUCAGAGGAGGGGAGCAGAAGAAGAGGGCGUCUCUGAGAGUGAGGGAGCAUCCGGAGAAAGGGCCCUACGUACAAGAUCUGUCCCAACAUGUGGUGUCAAGCUGUAAACAGGCCAUGGAGCUUUUGGAGGAGGGCAUUUCCAACCGCAUCACCGCGGCAACCCACAACCAUAACGCCAGCAGCCGCUCGCACGCCAUUUUCACCAUCCAGUACACUCAGGCUAUUCUGGAGAACAAUCUGCCAUCAGAAAUUGCAAGCAAGAUUAAUCUGGUGGACUUGGCUGGAAGUGAGAGAGCUGAUCCAAACUACUGCAGAGACAGACUGACCGAGGGAUCAAAUAUCAACAAGUCGCUGGUCACUUUGGGGAUUGUCAUCUCAGCUUUGGCCCAGAACUCGCAGAUGUCCAGCAGCUGUCAGAGCAUUAACAGCAUGGCGUCUGAGGCGGAGAGCACGGGGGGCAGUAACAGCAGCGCUCUGUCCGAUAGAGGAGGAGGAGGAGGGGGGAGGAGGCACUGCUUCAUCCCCUAUCGAGACUCUGUCCUCACCUGGCUUCUCAAAGACAGUCUGGGCGGAAACUCCAAGACCAUCAUGAUCGCAACUGUCUCACCAUCCGUCAACAGCUACAACGAAACCCUGAGCACGCUCCGAUACGCCGCUCACGCCAGAAACAUUGUCAACAAACCUCGCGUAAAUGAGGAUGCUAAUGUUCGACUGAUCAGAGAGCUAAGAGAGGAGAUUGACAGACUGAAGAGCAUGCUGCUUAGCUUUGAAAUGCAACGCAAUCCCAGUCCUUCCCUGAGUGAUGAGAGGGAUGGGAAUCUGUCUGACAUUGUGCUGCAGAAUGAACUAAAGGUGGAGCAGCUCACGAAGGACUGGUCAGAGAGCUGGAAGGACAAACGAGAGCUGAUGGAGCAGUGCAGUGUGGACAUAAACAGGGACCAGGCCGGAUUCUUCAUUAACUCACUGCAGCCGCACCUGGUGACCCUCGACACGGACGUCCUCAGCACCGGAGUGGUCUUCUAUCAUCUCAGGGAGGGGAUAACCUGCAUUGGACCACAGGACGGGUUUGGACCUGCGGACAUAGUUUUGCCGGCAGAUGUGAGAUGUGAGAUUGAAAACCGCAGAGGUGUGGUGACUCUGCACCCGCUCCCCGACUGUGCAGUUCUACUCAACGACAGAGAGGUCACAGAGCCCUGCCGACUGGCUCAAGGGGCUGUGAUCACCUUGGGAGGAGUGCAUAAGUUACGCUUCAACCACCCAGCCGAGGCAGCCCUCCUCCGGGAGCGCAGACGGAUCAGUGAAAACAGCAUGACCUGCUCCUACACUGAUCUUUGCAGCAUGGACUCAGAUGACAGUGCAAAAGACUUAAAGCUGGAGGGGCAGCAGGGUGCCAAUGCCUCCCCCGGAGAGGAGCACAGAGCCAGGCAGAGGGUGGAGGAGCAGCAGCGUCUGGUGGAGAGUUUGAGGCGAGAGAUCCAGAGCGAGCAGAGACGAGCUGACAGAGACCUGGAGAGAGAGCAGGCUCAUCUACGACUGCAGCACAAUGACAUCCAGCAGUGGAUCUUGUCAGAACAGCAGCGUCUGACGAGCGCUGAGCAGAGGAGCACUCAAGAGUCCAGUGUUCAAACCGAUCUCAGCCUGGGCCUUGUCCUGGAACGAGUCACAAACCACAUAUUUACAGAUGGGAACGGCCUCCCAAACAACCCCCCAUCACAACUCACCAGAGCCAGAAAGAAGACCGUCCAGGAGGAGUUACUAAAACAAUACGCCCUACAUCGCAUGGAAAGCAGAAUUAGAAGGAAAAGAUUACACUAUCAGCUGGAGAGGAUCGGACGGAAGCGUUUAUUGUUGGAGGCCAAAAAGGAGCUGCAGCGUCUGGAGAAGGCCCUUCCCCCCGGGUUGGACAGUCCGGGUUCUCCUGAGCUGGGGUCGCCUUCGAAGCAGGGAGAGGAGAGCUUUGGAUCCAGAAGACAUUCAUUCUCAGUGGAUCUUCUGUCCAGGCUUUACCCUCAGCACACGCCCAUCUACAAGCACUUCCUGAAGAGAAACCGCUCGACAGAUCUUAGUACCAACUCUUCGUCAAACCCGCUCGACAGCAGAGACUGGGUUUCAGAUGAAUUUAUUCCACGAGAGAGGACUCAGAGCUGUUCGGCAGUUUUUCCGAGAGAAAAUAAGUUUACCCCGAGUCGAGGCAACUCCACAGAAAACAUCAGGCAAAAUCCCAUCCAGGAGUCCCACACGUCGCCUGCGCCAUCUUCAGAUCGUCCAGAAAGAAAACCACUGCUACCAAAUAGAGACUUGACUUUUAAAAAUAGGCCAAAUCAGAAAUCACCUGUUAUUCUUAAAUCACCAAACGUCCAAGCAAUAAGCAAAGAGAAUUCACAAGUAUCUACAAACAAACUGGUAACUAAAACCAAAAAUGAUACGAGUGAUAAAACGACGCCUCACCAACAAACCAGUGAAGGAAUCAAGCAAGCGUUUUCAGGAUCACGGUUGAAAUCUGCUCUGUCGAAAGUGUUUAAAAAGCCUCCUCUUUGUGCAAUACGAACCCAUAAACAACUGCGAAAUCUGGCUGUAAAAUUACACAUGAGAAGACGAAGGGAGAAGGAUUUCAAAACAAAACAAAAAUGCACAAUUAAAACUGCUUUUUCGUGUGAGGAGUUGGACCAAACGACGGUGCUGGCGGAUGUCAAACAAAGACGUUGGAAUAGUACAGAAAAUAUGAAUAAGACUUGGAAAUGGGUCGAGAAACAGCAGGGGUUGUGCGGAUGGGAGGAAGAGGAGAGCGAGGGAGAUAAAGAUGGCGGACAUUCGGAUUGUGAAAGUAGUUUUUCUCUUGAUUCUCUGUCCUCAGCCUAUGCUACGGCUUUAGCAGAACAAUUAAAACACGAGGAAGAAGCUGAGAGUGAUACAAGUGAAGAUAGCGAAAUGUCUAAGGAUUCUUUGGCUGUAGAGGCGAACAGAAACUCCUCCUCUGCGUUGUCAAAAAAUACAUUUGCGCCGUCGUACCGAUUGGUCACAGAUGAUUUUGAUUUGUCUGCGAUGUUCAAUAAAACGAUAACAAGUUCGAAAGCUCGGGUAACGCCAGUAGAGACGUAUUCGAGUCAACAAAGUGGCCAAAAAGCAAAGCAAACGGUUGAAAUUAGACAGCAAUUUAAGCACAAUAUUGCAGCAAAUCCAGAAAUUAAAAACGCAACUCACAAAACAGCUGACGCAAUCGUUACUACCUCGACUAAGAGCCCGCGGUCUGUUAGCAGUUGUAGUUUUAGAGACCAGGAAAAUCAGCUUGCUCUCACAGACGCUUGGUCAUCUACUGAGGCUGGGGAUAGUCCAAGAAUUCCCAGAAAUUCUUUAGUUUUCCAAAAAAGGAUGAAGUAUGGAGGCGUAGACAGGAACAGUAGUGAUAGCCCUGUAAGCAUGGACUCUGUUAGCGACUCUGCUAACUCAAGCAUUGAAAUAAUCGGAGAAGAGAGCUCCAAAAUAGCUGAAUUGAAUGUUUUUAGUAGUCGUAACGUGGGUCAAACUGGGCAGUCAGCAGUUAUGGUAAAUCCUAGUGAAUUCUGUGACAGUGACAAUUCACUAGCUCCUACCACACAAGUGUCAAAAGUCAAAUUGCUUAAGGUUAGAAACGAAAAACAAAAACUGGUGACAGCUGACGUUACAGAAGCGACUCCGAGUUGUCAAACCGUGCCAGGAAGCCACGGGCAAAUAUUGAACACUGUAAUAGCAAAUGCCUUUAAAUACUGUGACAAUGGAGAGUUACGCAAUGAAGACAGCUAUCCAGAAAUGUGUAAAGAUCCAUUUAAUAACAACACCAAAGACUCAUCUCAUAUAUGUCAGCUUGAAUCAAAUAAAAGUGAAACCAAAGACGUUGAGCAGGUUGGCGGACUACAACAGGAGCUUGUAAAAUGGACUUGUAAAAAUGCCAGAAAGAGGAACAAUGAUGAAGAGGAUUUAACGGGAAGUUUGAAAAUUCCCAAAAGGAGCAACAGUAAGGACUUGGAAACAGACUGUACUGCGCCUGAAAACGAUCCAGACCGUAUUUGGCCCGGCGAUAACGGCAAAACAGAGGAGUCCAAAGACGCAGGACAGCCUAAAUAUGGACGUGCUGAAGAUAUGGGACAAAAUACUCUGACUUCAAUACAAGUUUAUAACACACCUGGCCGUAAAAGUAGUGAUGGCCAAACCGCUGAGUAUACUAGCUCCUCUGCGCGGAUAACGAAACGAAAAACUGCAUCGUCGGCAGUGUCGGCAGUUAGAGAGAAACGGCUGCAAUGGUUGUGUCGAAGAUAUUUUGGGCGUAAAUUCUACAAGUAA